ACCGGCUGGCUGAGACGCUCCGUUAUUCUGCGUUGGCUAUUUGGGGUCAACGAAAUCUACGAGAGAUAUGCCUACAUCACGCGCAUACUUAACGCUUCUUUAUUAGAUCUGACCAGUGCGGAAGCCGCGCCGGCACAAAGUCUUCUGCUUGAAAUGCAGCGAGAUAAGCGCCUGAGUCUAUCCGGUGAGCUUUUCUCCACCAUUUUUACAUUCAUUUUGGUCUCGCCUAAGAGUGGCUAUUGGAUAGACUUAAGGAGAGGGAUAGAAGGGGGUGCAGGAAAAGCCAAUGAAUAA